GCUCGCGAUAAACAGGGAAAUGGUCUCCAAUGGUGAUAUGAUAUGUAGCUGCAGCAGAUGAUAGACUCCAUAAUGGCAGAAAAACAAAUGUAGCCGUGGGUUGCAAAAAUGAUGUUAGUUUUGCGUGCAAAUGUAAAUUGAAUGAAACCUGUCUACUGUAUGAAUUCGAUAUUUACAGUCGAGGCAAUUUAGCUGUCAGUGUCAAUUGGGCUGCUAGCAAGUGAUGGGUCAAGUUGGCUCGAUGCUUAAUGCUAACUCGUUUAUUAUAUUAUACGUUUUUCACACAUCCAAAAUAAUACUGGAACAUCUGCGUGUAUCAUCAGCAAUGUUAUCAAUGCCUUUGAAGAAAGAAGAAAUAGCUAGCUAAGCCAGCUAGCAUCUGAGAAGGUGUUGGAUUGUGAUUUCACCCAUUUUCCUCCAUUUGAAGAAAAGCAAACUGGCUGAGAUGGAUGAACAAAGUGUUGAGAGUAUUGCGGAGGUGUUCCGCUGUUUCAUCUGUAUGGAGAAGCUGCGGGACGCUCGGCUCUGCCCCCACUGCUCCAAACUCUGCUGCUUCAGCUGCAUACGGCGCUGGUUGACUGAGCAGAGAGCCCAAUGCCCACACUGUCGGGCACCACUGCAGCUGCGGGAGCUGGUGAACUGCCGCUGGGCUGAAGAGGUUACCCAGCAGCUGGACACCCUGCAGCUCUGCAACCUCUCCAAACACGAGGAGAACGACAAGGACAAGUGUGAGAACCACCAUGAGAAGCUCAGUGUGUUCUGCUGGACCUGUAAGAAGUGCAUCUGCCACCAGUGUGCUCUGUGGGGAGGCAUGCAUGGCGGCCACACCUUCAAGCCUCUGGCUGAGAUCUACGAGCAGCACGUGACCAAGGUGAACGAGGAGGUGGCCAAGCUCCGCCGCCGCCUCAUGGAGCUCAUCAGCCUGGUGCAGGAAGUGGAAAGGAAUGUGGAAGCAGUGCGAGUGGCCAAAGACGAGCGAGUGCGAGAGAUCCGUAAUGCAGUAGAGAUGAUGAUUGCCCGUCUGGACAACCAGCUCAAAAACAAACUCAUCACCCUCAUGGGUCAGAAGACCUCCCUCACCCAAGAGACUGAGCUACUGGAGUCUCUCCUGCAAGAGGUGGAACAUCAGCUGCGCUCCUGCAGUAAGAGCGAGUUGAUCUCCAAGAGUCCAGAGAUCCUGCUCAUGUUCCAGCAGGUUCACCGCAAGCCCAUGCAGUCCUUUGUCACCACUCCAGUCCCCCCAGACUUCACCAGUGAGCUGGUUCCUGCCUAUGACUCAAGCACUUUUGUUCUGGCAAACUUCAGCACCCUGAGACAGAGGGCAGAUCCCGUCUACAGCCCACCACUCCAGAUAUCUGGCAUCUGCUGGAGACUCAAGGUUUACCCAGAUGGCAAUGGUGUGGUGCGUGGCAACUAUCUGUCAGUUUUCUUGGAACUAUCUGCAGGACUCCCUGAAACGUCAAAAUAUGAGUACCGUGUGGAGAUGGUCCAUCAGGCCUCCAGCGACCCCACUAAGAACAUCAUCAGGGAGUUUGCAUCAGACUUUGAGGUGGGGGAGUGCUGGGGCUACAACCGCUUCUUCAGACUGGACCUGCUGGCUAGCGAGGGCUACCUCAACAUGCAGACUGACACAGUGGUCCUCAGGUUACCACUAAUACACAUUAGAGAGAAAGAUGCCAUUUCUUUAUCAAUUCUUAUAACUCUGGGUUUAGUGUCUUCAUUGAAGUCUUGUUUGACUGUACCAGUACUGGUCUCUCUCCUGAACAGGUAUCAGGUGCGUUCGCCCACCUUCUUCCAGAAGUGCAGAGACCAGUACUGGUACAUUAGCCAGCUGGAGUCAGCCCAGUCCAGCUACAUCCAGCAGAUCAACAACCUCAAAGAGAGGCUGGCCAUUGAGCUGUUCCGUAGGCAAAAGUCUCGCAGCUCGUCCCCUCCUGACCAGCGCCUGUGCCCCUCGACCUCAGAGAGAGACUCCCGCUCAGGGAAAGGCCCCGUGGCUGAGGAUGGCUGCCAGACCACUGCCACCGAGACCAAAGAGGAAGAGGAGGAGGAGAAGACCCAGCACGAUGACUCCAAUGAGCUGUCUGAUGGGGACUUGGAAGGGGACUGUCUGACGGGGGACGAGGAGGUCAACCCUCUGGAUGGUAGCAGCACCUCGGGCAGCUCCACGGCAACCAGCAACACAGAGGAGAACGACAUCGACGAGGAGACCAUGUCUGGGGAGAAUGAUGUGGAGUUCAGUGGGAACCUGGAAAUGGAGGAGGGAGAACUGCCUGACGAUGUGGCAGGGGCAGCAGGAGGCUCUAACCCUGGGGCCAGGUGUCUGAGGCGUGGUGGUGGUGGUGGUGGUCUUUCCUCCGCUGGCAGCAACAACAGUCUGCUGGAGAUCGACCCCGUCAUCCUCAUCCAGCUGCUGGACUUGAAGGAACACAGCAGCGUGGAGUCACUAUGGGGCCUUCAGCCCAGACCCCCUGCUUCCCUGUUGCACAGCCAAGUCCAAGUCCACUCCAGGAAGGAGCGGGGUGAGCGCCGGCCUCAGGCAGUGAGGAGGGGAGCCCCAGACUCAGGGGUCCUGAUCCGGCUCAAGGCCCAGAUGGCUGAGGUGCGCAGUAAGAUGACGGAUGUCAAGUGUCAGCUGGAGGCGCGGGGGGAGGCCAGGGCAGGACCCUCCGGUGGGGCCACAGGGGAGCAGGGGCCCUCUUACCACGCAGACUCAGGCCUAGGGCCCAGCAGAAAGCCCACAGAGCUUGAUCUGAUGGGGAAAGGACCUGGGGCCUCCAGACACUGUCGCUCUGGAGAGAAGAAGGCCUUGUCUCCCAAGCAGGAGGGCAGCGGGCUGGGCCUGAGGAGAGCCACAGACGGAGUGGAGAAGGAGCCGAGAGGCCAGAGCGGUGAAGAGUCGUCCAGCGAUCAAUGCCUCUUCCCCAGGGACACCUCCAACGGAUCAGAAGGAGCCCUGAAGCCACGCAGCGCCCACAGCUCCCCUCCCUCUCUGGGCAGCUCAUCGUCCUGCUCCGACAACAAGCCCUGCAGCUCCAAACACGACCAGGAGCAGCUCUACGGGGCCAACCUGUACGCUCUGGGGGGCCUCAAUGGCAUCUCCACCGCCACCAUGGCACGACCCAGGACCCAGCCCAUGGGGGCCGGCCUGCUGACGGACAGCUCUCUGGACUGUGACUUGGAGGAGACGGCUGAGAUCCGCCAGUCACUGCUCUCCCUGGCAGAGGGACCCUCUUCACGCCCUGACGAAAGUCAUGUUGUCCGUAAGCAGACGGUGGUGUUGCUGCCAGGUAUGAGCAGUGACAGUGAGAUCGACUGUGACACGGAGAACGAGGACGAGGUGGUGGGCCUGGAGGCUGGAGACUGUCGCUAUGAUGCCCGGGCUCUGCCCUGCGCAGGGGCCCAGUUGAUCUCUGAUGACCUGAGCUUCACCACAGGAGAGAACACAGAGAGGUGAUUCCCCUCCAACAUGGCCACCACAGCCGGUCUAAACCGUGGCCAUCGCUGUAUGGGGACUGGAGAGCAGUGUAUAUAACUUUAAUGUACACAAGCACCUGUGUAGAUAGACACUUGCAUGCACUCAUUCUAGUCACUGGCAACCCCAAAUGCUAUGAGAAUGCUACACCUCACUAAGUGAGCACGUUGAUGAUGACUGCAAAAUCUGUCAAUAUAUUUGGUCACUGUUAUUAAUCUCCAUUUAUAUUUAAAUGUAAAUUGGGUUAAAUUUGAGUUAGUAUGGGGUGAGGAACAAUAUAUUUGCGAGAGACAUAUUCUUUAGGCUGUCGUUGUGAAAACUAAAAUAGGAACAGUUAUCAUAUGUAACUAACCUCAUGGUUGACGUUUGCAAUGUCUACAUACUCAGAUUGGGCUUUGGUCUGGACAUCGUGAGCUCUGGUGAAUUAGGAAAAAUAAGCACAGUGCAUCUGCUUCACAACAGAAAGAGAACCUUAAAAGCUCUCUGCCUUUCUGAUUCAAUGAGGUGCUAUUGAUGUGUUUGUGUGGAGGAGCACAGUCAGGUAGGCAUCACACAGUGCUGUAAUGAACACCCCAUUCUGGUAAACAGUCUGAACGAACGCCUUGAAGUGGACGCAUUUAGUAGCUUUAUUCCUGUAUCGUCUUCGAUUAAAACGUGUAAGGAACCCUUUAGGUUAGCUGAAAGAAAGGCAGGGCUGAAACAUCAUGAAGGUGGCAAGAAGUCCCUUUCUGUGCCAAUCUUAUCAAUGUAAACUACUGUAUUUCGUCAACUACUCCCGGUAGAUUGGAGUUGCUUGCCCCCCAGUAAAUCUUUCAGAACAAGAACCAGUUUUGUUGCUGUGUAGACACAUUGAAAGAUGUAUCAAUGAUACGUCCUUCUCUGGCCUGUGUAAGAGAUUGCUACCUUCUGAAUUUGUUUUGAGUAGUUUCUUAGUAGAAAAAUAGGCAUGACUCUUGCUCACAGUAUUGAGUGGAUUCUGACUGAAUUGAUUACUUUCUUGGUUGACAGUCUGGGCUUCAAGUGCUCUUUGACCUUGUCUCGUAAUCGCACAUCAAAGCUGAUGUACCUUAUCCGUACAUACAGCGUUCUUUCCUUCAUGAGUAAGUGUUUUCUGCAGCCCUUGUCAAAUCAAGAUGAGCUCUGUAACAUAGGCAUGUGUGUAGGAGGUGUUUUAGAGUUUUCUGCCCUGAUAAUACCUACAGUGUGGACACUAAUGCUGUCUUAACUAUUUUUCUGUGCUGUGUGAGCAACUCCUCCCAGUUCAGCUAUUCUGCUUGUCUUUGAAAAAUGGUUCCAUGCAAAUUCACACAUUUUGACUUCUAUGAAGCAGACGCAAUUUCGUUUUCAAGUUGGUGGAUUCCUUUCCCUUUUCAAACAAUGGAUCCAAAUGUCACAUUCCGUCGUCUUGAGUCUAGAUAAUUUUAUUUUGCUUGUUUUCCUAGGCAAUAUUUGACCGAGGCAAUAUUUGGAAAGUAAUUUGUUUGACUGAGACGUGUGUAAAUCAGUGUUUGUUUUGUACAAAGGCAUGUCAUUAGAACAAUUCUCUUUGAAUAUCCUACUACUUGCCCAUCAGAGGGUGCCAUUUCUGCCUUGUAGUUUAGCUUUGCUGUGUGACCGUGGACCAUUUAUUUACACAGUAACAUUUUAUUAUUUUCAACCCUUGAAAAGCAAUCUGUCGACCACACUAGCAUCGACAUGGACAUCAUAGCAGAAACUGUACUCUUUGUAUCAUGGAGAACAAUGAACACUGGCAAAUACUUUCGUCAUUGAAAUGUACACUGAAGAGGUGACCCAACUCAAUCUGUAAACAUUUCUAUCCUUUAUCCCUUGAAAGGGAGAUGUGUAAGAUGUCUCAAAGGAUACUAGUGUGCAUUGAUUAAUAAGGAAAUAUGUUCUAAAUGCCUGACUGGAGAGCUCAGUGAUUUACACUAUAAAUAUCUUGCUACUUCAGCUGUAGGAUGCCUGAUGUUAACCCCCAGCUGCACAGCCUCCUAAUGUUCCAUCAUGUGUGCCUAAAACCGCAUGGCUUCAAUGGAGUUGAACAGGCAGAAGGAGGGUGGACAAAAUGCUUUAAACCUAGGAUAUACAGCUCUAGACUCAUCCUGAUAUGGUCUAAUUGUAUCUGUAUCUAUUUCCGUGUGUCUGUUCACUAUGCACAUUUCUGUUACUGCCCAGGUUUUAGCUGUGUGGGUGAUUAGAUGGUUUCAAGUGUUCAUGCGUUCCUUCAUUGUGUCUGUACCAUUUCUGAGUGAUUCUUUUAUAUUGUUCCAGAAUGUAGAGUGGGAUUUUUAUUUGUUGGGUAUGUAUGUCAUUUUUUGUUGUUGUAACUAAUAGAAUAUGACACAAACAAAUAAAAUAUUGUAUGGUUUCUUGAAACUGAA